UAAACCCGAGAGACACAAAGAUAGUUGGUAACCCUUACCUAGACUCAGAGACUCAAAGACUGAUACUCAGUGAGGACGAUGGACAUGCUAUUGCUCUCCUCCCCUUCUCCUGUAACUUCCUCUCCAAGACCGGUUCUUCCUCUCUCUAAACCCUCACCUCUCUCUUUCAAUUUCAAACCAAUCUCUUCUCCUCUAAAAACUUUCUCACCUCUCAAAGCCUCUAAAACCCUAACUCCCCAAUUUUCGGCGCCACAGACGCCGGCCACCGCAAUGAGAGGAGCAGAGUCCGAUGCCAUGGGGCUGUUGCUGAGAGAGAGGAUUGUGUUCUUAGGUAACAAUAUUGAUGACUUCGUUGCCGAUGCCACUAUCAGUCAAUUGUUGCUUUUGGAUGCUCAAGACCCAACUAAAGAUAUCCGUCUCUUCAUUAACUGUCCUGGUGGUUCUCUCAGUGCUACAAUGGCUAUCUACGAUGUGGUGCAGCUUGUGAGAGCUGAUGUUUCCACAGUUGCCCUUGGUAUCUCAGCAUCAACAGCUUCUAUAAUUCUUGGUGGUGGCACAAAAGGUAAACGCUUUGCAAUGCCAAACACACGGAUAAUGAUUCAUCAACCUCUUGGAGGUGCUAGUGGGCAAGCAAUAGACGUGGAGAUUCAAGCAAAAGAAAUUAUGCAUAACAAGAAUAAUGUCAUUAGAAUUAUUUCGGGUUUCAGUGGUCGCACAGUUGAACAAGUUCAAAAGGAUAUUGAUAGGGAUCGUUAUAUGUCUCCAAUAGAAGCUGUUGAAUAUGGAAUAAUUGAUGGAGUUAUUGAUAGAGAUAGCAUCAUUCCUUUGGCUCCUGUUCCAGAAAGGGUAAAACCAACACUAAAUUACGAGGAAAUGCGUAAAGAUCCAAUAAAGUUCUUGACGCCAGAUGUCCCUGAUGACGAGAUAUAUUAGUUCAUGCCAUGUGCUACAAGGCUCUCAGCAUAUUUCAUUCACAAAAAGAAUUGAAAGGUUCGUGGGAACCUACUGUCAAAUGCAUUUUUGUGCUGCAUUGCAGAUAAAAUGAUAUUCAAGAAAGCUACCGGACAGGCCAUCAGGAUACAAAUAUUGCAAAUCUGGAACAAGGCUUUUUUUCAUUAUGUAAGCUGUAAUCUUUAUGUAGACUUUAGACUUUUCAAGUUAUUGCAAAAUUUGAACGUCGAAUUGAUAUAAAAACAGUCGAAUUGAUAUAAAAACAUUCGGAUUAUUUCUCUUAUUUGUUUCAAUCAUCCUACAGUUGAGAAAUAAAUGUAACACGGUUUGGUAGUUUA